UUUUGUUAUUAUACAGAAAACGCUCUCCAACUCCAACCCAGUUAUCCAAAGCUGUCUUACACCCCAAUCCUUCACACACCGUAGUUCAGCAACAACUGGUUUGCACUUCCAUCUCACAACUCCUUCUCCAGCCAUCCCAAUUCUGAACCCAAUAAAUGGCUUCCCUCAACUGUCAACUGCCAUCACCAAGCACCUUCACCUUCCAAAAUUUCCUCAUACAACCAACAUGCGUUCCAGCAACACUUGCGCUGCUUCCUCCAGCAGAUCCUCCAACGGUAACACAGGGCGCCACCCUGUGUACCGUGGAGUGAGGCGUAGGAGUAGUGGCAAAUGGGUUUCAGAAAUCCGCGAGCCCAAAAAACCCAACAGAAUUUGGUUAGGGACGUUUGCCACCCCUGAAAUGGCCGCUAUUGCCUAUGAUGUCGCAGCCCUUGCCCUUAAGGGUAAGGAUGCCGAACUCAACUUCCCUAACUCGGCCUCUUCUCUUCCUGUUCCUGCAUCAUCCGCUCCUCGUGACAUUCAGAUGGCUGCGGCUAGUGCUGCAGCCGCUGUUGGAGCAGCGAAUGAUGCACUACUGGAAGGAAGCUGGGGAGGGGACGCUUCGGCUUCAUUUGCACAGGACUUUUCUGGGGGAAAUUUAAACCACUUUGUGGAUGAGGAUUUGAUCUUUGAUAUGCCGAAUAUUUUGGUCAAUAUGGCUGAGGGAAUGCUACUCAGCCCUCCUCGUUUUGACAUUGCUACUACCGACUAUGAAUACAUGGAUGAAGAUCCCAACCUCUGGGGGUUCCCUUAUUAAUUACAUAUAAGAUAAUAAAAAACUUCUUAUAUUACUAGUGUCAAAAUCCUAAUAAGGAAAAAGGUACGAAAUAUGUAAUAAUAAAUUAUGGGAGAACUCUUACAUCUAGACUUUGCUUAGACACGAUCGAGGAAAGAUAUAGUUUGUGUGGAAACUGGAAAGUGUAUCUUCAUUUUGUUUUUUUACCUUAUGUACAGUACUACUACCUUCUAGCUAUAGUGAGGUUUGCUGGUGUUGCACCUCAAAUGUGCAUGUAAGGUUUAUAAUGUGUUAAUUAUUAAAUAAUCUUUUUGGUUAUUAAUAUGU